GGAGAAUAAAAAAUAAACAAAAAAUCUAGCACCGGUAGAGUAAAUUUUUUUUUUGUGAAGUAAAGAACAUUUUUUCUUUUUAUUUUGAAAAAAAAAAAAUAUAUAUUGCCACAACUAAUAAGGAAUUUAACAAUAACACCUGUAUUGACCUCGCUUUAUUGCACAAGUGAGGGAAGUACAGAAGAUGUCGGAGAAAGUUACUAAAUUGGCUUUGGCUAGUCGUGUGAUAGUAGUCGUCCUGCAGCUGGUGACCAAUACUGCUCUACCAGAUCAUAAGAAUGAUGUCUUUCGAGCGCCCAUAGAUGCUACACAAAAGCGCACUUGGCUGGAUAAAUCUAUUGAUUUCACCCUAGGAGGCUUUAGACACUGGGAUGGUGAAUAUUUUCUUCACAUAGCCGAAUAUGGUUACACCUAUGAAAACACUUUGGCAUUUUAUCCCCUGUACCCUGUCAUAGUGGAAACGUUGGCCAAAAUGUUACAUUAUCUAAUGGAAGACUUUAUGACCAUGAGAUCCUGUUGUCUAGUUGUGGCUGUGUUAUUAAAUAUGCUGUUAUUCUGCAAGGCCGCCAAUAUUUUGUAUGUUAUGACUCAACGUAUAUUUAAUGAUUUGAACAAAAGUUGGAAUGUGGCGUUAUUGUUUUGUUUUAAUCCAGCCUCUAUAUUCUUUUCGGCUGCCUACUCGGAGACCUUGUUUUGCUUAAUCUCUUUCUAUAUAAUGCUGGAAUGUUGUAUGGAAAUACGUUUUGUGCGCACCACUUUGGCUUUAGCCCUAAACAUAGUGGCCCGUUCGAAUGGCUUGGUUAAUUUUGGUUUUCCUGUGUACUUUUUGUUGCGCAAAUGUAUAUUGAAACAAACGAAUUUAUUAGCGACCUGCUUAAAAUUAGUAACCUGCUUAUUGGUGGCUUUAAUACCCUGGACAUUUUUUAAUUUCUUUGCCUUUCGCCAGUAUUGUUAUACGGAGAAUCAUGUAAACCACACCCAGGCGGUGGUGAACUAUGCCAAAGAAAAGCUAUAUGUAUUGGCCGGCCAACGUUUUGAGCAACAAUCGCCCUGGUGUGAUAAUACCCUACCCUUUCCCUACUCCUACAUACAAUCACACUACUGGCAGGUGGGUUUCCUUAAGUAUUAUGAAUUCAAACAGCUGCCCAAUUUCAUAUUGGCUUUGCCCAUUCUCUUAUUUCUAUGCUGGCAUUGUUUUAUUUACCUGAGACAUUUUCUCAUGAAAUUUAUUACCAAAUAUCCUUUAACGCAUCUAAUAAAGGAGUAUAAAACUUUACCCUUUGUUAUACAUUCUUCAUUUUUAACUUUAUUUUGUAUAUUCUUUGUUCAUAUACAAAUUUCCACACGGCUAUUGUGCUCGGCCACUCCCACUUUGUAUUGGUUUGCGGCCGAUUAUAUGCCCAAGUCAUUAGAUAAAUUGAAACUAAAAUCCAAAGCCGGCAUGAUAUUUGUAUGGUUUGGCUCGUAUGUCAUAAUGGGAGCCACCAUGUUUAGCAAUAAUUUACCCUGGACUUGAGCUUAUUUUUGUCUAUAAACAAAAUUCCAAAUACAAAUAUGAAUUGUAUUAAUUUCAUAUAAA